UUGCUCGAGUUUUCUUUAUCUACUAAAGACAUUAUAGUUGUAUAUAGUGUUGGAUGUUCUGCUUUAGGGUUUUUGGGUUGUAUGUGUUUAAGGUUUUAGUUAGUGAUUAACGUUCUGGCUCUCCUAGGUCCUAGAUCUUGUUCAUGGUUGUCAAACUCGUUUACAACUUGAUAUGAUCUUGUUCCAGACAAGCAAGAAGGAAGAGGAUGUUGAAUCUGAUGGCCCACACCUCAAUGAUAAGAUUACCGCCAAGACUGUAAGAUUGGUUUCCGAGGAAGAACAUUGUAUUGUGACUCUGAAGGAAGCUCUCAGACGGGCAAAAGAGCUCAAGCAUGACUUAGUUGAGGUCCAAAGAGAUGCUAAGCCACCAGUGUGUAAAAUUGUAGACUAUGCACAUGACAAGUACAAAAAAGAUCAAGUAGGAAAGGAGCGUGCUAAGGCCAAGGUCUGUUACAUGGCCUUUGGUAUUGAAAAUAUCAAAGUUGUCGUUGUGUCCUGAGUUUAUGGGUUUUGCCUGGUUCUAGCGGGCUGAAGUAACCAUUAGACCUGAGGUCAAGGAAAUUCAUUUUACUCCAAAGAUUGUAUGUUUCUCUUGAAACCCACUCUCUGUUUCUUAUUUUAUUUUUUAUUUUUGUAACAGCUCUGUUUCUUAUUCUUCGUCUCAUCUGUGUGGUUAAGAAUGAAAAACUAUAACGACAUUUUUCAUUUCACUUUCUUUUUCUCAUCCAGGAUGCAAAGGACCUACAGUUUAAAGAAAAACAAGCAUCAAUACUGAUGGAGAUGUGAAGGAUGCAAAGGACCAACAUAUUUCUUUUUUGUUAACAUUCAUAUUUUAUCAUUCAACGCUUUUUGGUUUAACCAUUAAUAUUCCACAACUUAUAAAACAUCACUUUAACCGUACUACAUAAUAUUAUUCACUUAUUCC